UAUUGUGAUGCACUCUCUCAAAUAAAUAAGUUACGUUAGGCCAGAGCUGGUGUGUUGAAGAAUGACGCAUCUUUUAGGUCGUCAGGACUGUAUCGACAGUCUUCGGAGAGAUCUUAUUGACCUACAGGGAGGAAUUCUGGAUGUUUUCUCUGAGACUGGACCUGUACUGUUCCCAUCAUGGAAGUUUCCGGAUAAAUUGUCAUGUAAUCUGGACCUGGUCAAGCUUUUAGAGGAGUAUGAUUAUAUAGAUGGAGAGGAAGAGUUUAGUCAGCAUUCAAACAUAGUUUUGCUAGAGUUGGUGGUUGACAGAUUAAUGCUUAUUCUUCAGAGUUUUAAUGUUCACGCUGAGCUUUUGCUUGGGAAUCAGAGACCUUCAUCAUCUGGUCAAAAUGGGGCUCCUGUUUCCGUUGGCCCGGUGGUCAAACUUUACUGGAAGAACCUACUUGAACUCAGCAAUCAAUAUGUACAAAGGAGCACCAGUAAUAUAUGUGAACAAAGUCCUCUUUCUGCCGAGUCCCAGCGGACUCAGUCUCCAUCUGGAAUAGCACCCAAGACUCCUGCCAUUAAUACACACAGGACACAGAGACCCUCAAUGACCAGCAUGCACAAAACCAGUUCAAACACCCCAGCUUCCACUUCCCACAGCAGAGGAGCGUCCACCGCAUGUUCCUCCGGGUCAUACUCCUCAGCAUCUACCUGCACUGUGAGCUGUCAAACAACAGAGUCAAAGCUAGUGCCCUGUGAGGCCUGUGUUUGUCUGCAGGCGGGUAUGAAAGAAACAGGUGAAGCUGUAGUAUCUCUGUGCCAGUCUCUGGGUUUGCCCUGCUCCUUGAAGGACCUGCUGGUGACUGUAGAGGAACAACUGAAGCUGGGUCACUUAUCUACAUUUGACGUUUCCCAGUGGGCGAGUGAGCAGCGUAAAGAUAUGAGCCGUGUGGGAAAACAUGUCCUGGAGGUGAGGGAAACUGUGGAGCCCCUGAAAAAGAGACUCAAAGAGACAGAGACUGAACGAGAGAACCUUAGAAAGCUGAUGUCAGAGACAGUUAACAGAGAAAAGGAACAGAGGAGGAAAAUGGAGGAAGAGUGGAAAAACAGAAUACAGGAGGUGAAAGCCACAGGUGAAGGAGCAGUGAGGAAACUAAAGCAGGAGCAGGAGGAGUUAAAGAGAGGAGUGAUGUUGUUAGAGGAUAAAAAUACUGAAUUGACAACAGAGCUGAAUUCGCAAACAGAAGCAAAACAGAGUCUCGAAUGUGAGAGAGCUUCACUGCAGGAGGAAGUUCUCCGUCUGCAUUCAAUGGAAACAAUGUUAAGAGAGGUGAAGGAAAGGAGGGAAAAUCUGGAGAACGAGCUCAGAAGUACACAAGUACUGCUAGACAAAGAGAGAGCCAAGUCCUUUAGUGUACAACACCAGCAUGAGGCACUACAGGUGAAACAACAUGCCCUGUGUAAGCGUGUAGAUGUCCUUGUUCAGCAGACCGAUGACCUACAGAGCAGUCUCGAAGAAUGUGAGGAUGAAAAAGUUGAGCUUGCUGAUAAACUCAAACAGUUUAUGCAAGAAAAAGACACAAUUCAGGAGCAACUCGCUCAGCAACAGUCAGAGUGUAGUUCACUGUGUAUGGAGAAAGAGAAACAGCAAGUACAAAUCACAGAACUGGAGAAGCGUGUUUCUAAUCUGACAGAGAUGCUGGAACAAGCUGCCCAGAGAGAGAGAAUACUGGUGGCCUUUCCUGAACUAAACCCUCAUCCACAAGCAACACCACAGACUACAGGUGAUGUGAUGUGUGAUAUGGAGCAACAGCUGAAGGCAAAUCUACUGAGGAUCAGAGUUCUUCAGCAGGAGAACGCCUCCCUGAGCAGCAGUCUUGCCAGAUUAAAGGACAUUCAAAGCAGAGAGGACAAACAUAGAUCUUUAGAGUCUGGAGAUGCAGAGAUGGACACUGGCAGUGAAGCUGCAGAGAUGAGACCCUUGGACAACUCCACCACCUCUUCUAUCACCUCCACUCCUGCCUCCUCUUCCUCUAUUCUUCAUCAUCAGACUCUCUGCCUCUCUCUUAAUCAAGAUGCAGAAGAAGCAUAUAUGAAAAUCCGCCAUGCCGCUCGCAUUCGGUCUGCUGGCACACGCCGUCGGAGGAAGUGAUGUUACUUGGAUGGAUGUGCGUUGUAUAAAUAUUGGUAAAAAUUGAUGAAUUAAUCUUAGGAGUCGAAGGGGUUUUGCUUGCAUUGGAAACACUCUUUACUCGUUUCAGUCCAUUGCGAUGCAAAACGAAACUGAAAGUUGUAUUUACAGGUUGUAAAUAUAACGUUAAAUUGACUGUAUUUUUAUGUGUUUCAUUUAUUUAAUGUUAUGUUGUGUUGCUUUAUUUUUUCGUCAGACCUACCUGUUGUUAUUAAUAAAACCGAAAGUAAAAUGCUCUGCUCACGUCACGUGUCGUACUACCGGUUGACUACCGGAUCAGAUUUUUGUUCCCGCACUUUUAGAAAUUUGAAUUCGACCAAUCUGUGCACCUUGCGAUCGUGCAGCCUGGUUCUUUAAAUAAGAUAAAAAAUGCUCAUUUGAUCGCAUUGGAGAUUUUGACGCAGGCUUUAUAGAGGAGCAGCUUUCAAUGUGUAUUUUGCACGAAACUGAUGAACUUCUGAAACUACCGUCUUCACUCCAGCUCCCGGACUGAGUCAGUCUGUCUGUCUGUCUGGCUGUGAGUGAUACUUGUGAGCGAACUGGGAAAAACGGGGAAGAUAAGCGGAAUCAGAGGAGAUCUUGAAUGGAUGCCUGUCCGGAGUCCUCCCUCAAGCUCUAGAGACGCAUUGCGGAGUAAAAUGGCGAGGAAAUCUGUUAAAAGAUCUAAAAACAAAGCAUCAGGAUGUCUGUUUAAAAAGACAAAAGGCUCUCCAGCUGAAGAGGACCCAGAAUCAGAAAACAUACCUCCUUGUUCAACUCCUAAACAUAAUGAAUCUGAAAGGGAUAUAAAGGCAUUAUUAGCCAGUCAAACUCCUUCACAUCUGAAUAUCACUACUGCAGCAGAUCAUGGAAGUCCAGUCACAGCUCCAACAUUUACCAACACAAGUGUGAAUGGAAACUUAACCAUAAAUCAGAAUUUUACUGUCUUGGCGAAUAACUCUGGGAAUAAACAUUUGGCUCACGUAAGUGUGAUAAGACUUUGUUAAUGAUAUGACAUUUAAAACAUUUCCUAAUACUAGCCAAAACUUUUCAAAUGUCUAAUAAUGCAAUAUCUGUAUUUAACUCAAUCUUUGACAUUUGUACCUUUUGUUAUUGUUUUUAUUCCAAGCAACUUGUAAAUGUAAAUGAUGGGGCGGAUGAACGUUGGAUGCUUUCAUGCAAGAGUGAAGAUAUCCUUCUAAAAUCCAAAAGCCCUCAGAUUUUGCAUCACCGAAGGUGUUUGGACUUUGCAGAGGAUGUUGAUCAACCUACCUUAACACUUGCAGAGGUGAUAAAGAAUACAAAUUGCUUAAGAAAGAUUACUAUUGCUGGGAAGAUCUUAGAGACAAGACCUGCGAUCAACAUUUUAAACAGUGAAGAAGGGAUGACAUAUUCUCACUAUGCCCUGUGUGACAAUACUGCAACAGUCCAUUUGUGUUUACUGGAUACAGUUACCAUAAACCUCGAUCAAUGGUAUACAUUUAAAAGUAUUUCUAUUUGUGACUUUGGUCAGGGGAAUGUGCUCUGUGCAACCAAAUUCACAACACCUGAGUCAUUUACUCCAGUAGGAGACACUGUACAGAAGCCAGAGGAGACCGUAAUCUCUGGAGAGAUCACUGAGGUGUUAGUGACCUUUGAAUAUUUGUGUUCAUGUGGCGCCAUUCUCCCUUUGUCCGACACUAAACUGUUUCUCAUUAAAUGCAAUGAGUGCAAAAAGAGUUGCAGGUGUGCAAGAGUUCGAAACAGGGUCAAGGCUGAAGUAACCAUCAAACAGGCUUCUGGAACAGAGAAGAUGGUUGUGUUAAAUGAUGCACUGCUGCACUCCAUUGACAUAUUUAAGAAAUGGGGAUACUGUGACAGUCACCAGCUUGAGGAGAGACUUUUGAGAGCAAAAACAGUGACCGUGGUCUGUGUGGAUGGUGAACCGCAACGUGUACAAAUGGAUGCCUCAGAUAAAUCCAAAGGCAGUUUAAAAUUCUCUUUGUCUGGGUGGAAACAUGCUUGUUUAAUCUUAUAAAGCUAUGUACUCUAGAAGUUUCAAAAAGGUGGAUGAGAAAAAUUGUCAUUUAACUUUUCGUCUUUCUGUUUUAGACAUUGUAAAAAAAAUAUUCCAAAUUGCUUUUACAGGCUUCAGCAAAUCAUAGAAAACUUGCACUUGGUCAGGGAAAAUGUCAAAUGUAAUAUUGUAUUAGCUAGAGGCUGGUAUAAAUUCUGAAAUAGUGUUUUCAUAGAAUUCAUGGAAAAUCAUGGAAAUUAUUUGUCACAAGUAAAAAAAACCUGUUCAUAGAAAUGAAUGACUUAGAAAUGGCUUUUCUUUUGGUUUAUAAUUUGGGUAACCCAUGAAUAAGUUGAUGGAUCUGGAUAGAAACAUACACUUUUUUCUUGUUUUAUUUCAUUUUAUUAUUCUAUUUCAUUUAUCCCAUUUUUUACAAUAUUCAUCAUAUGUAUUCAUUCAUUUAUUUUAUUAUUCACUUCUAUUCAUAUUAUUUGUUCCUUACUUUCCUGUUGUUUAACCUCGUUGGGAGUUGUAUUUUGUCUUAUGCUGAUAUGAGUAUCCGUUGGUCUUAAUGGACCUGGUAUUAAGGUUCAUAAUAAUGUCAUGAGACAAUGAUUUGAUAUUGUAAUCUUGAAUGGUUAAAAACACAUAUUGAAUCUGUUUCUAGUCAGACGAAGUUUGACAGAGCUCGACUGAGCAUCAACACACAACUGAGAUUAUUCAAUAAAUCAUUUCUCUGUCUAUUUAACAUCA